ACAUCUGGAGUUGUUUCCACUGAUCUGGUUUAACAAAGUGUGAAGCUGAACUCUGUGACAGUGUGAGCAGUGUGAGAGUGUCAGUAGAUGAUCAGCAGAGGAAAGUGAAGCUGCUGUGAGCUGAUGUCCUGAAGGGCUUUUAAAGAGUCUCUGAGUUUGACAGGAACAUGAAGAUGUUUGUGGUGUUUGUGAUCCUCCUGCACGUUUCCCAGCAUGCCCUGGCUCUGGUGGUGGAGGUGAAUGAGGGGGAAGACUAUGUCCUGCUGCCCUGUCAGUACUCCGGUAUCAUACCUGAGACAAAUCCCACUGUGACAUGGACUCGCAACGAUCUUGAUCUGAAAUCUGUUCACCUACGAGGAGAAGGAGGAGAUGAUCUUACAGGACAAAACCAGCGUUACAGCAGACGCACAUCAAUGAGGUCUGACGCUCUGGACACUGGAGACUUCAGCCUCUCUCUGAGAACACCAACAAAGACUGACAGCAGCAACUACAGCUGCUCCAUCAGCGAUGGAGGAGAGGAACGGAGAGUCAUAGACAUCCAGCUGAAGGUCAAAGACCAGCAGGUGACUGUGAAGGUGGUAGAAGGAUCGCAGUCUGCCAUCUUGCCCUGCAAAACGACAGCUGACCUCUCACAGGAUGCCACGGUUGAGUGGACUCGCUCUGAUGUAGACUUCAUGUUGGUCCACGUGUACUCAAAGACACGUAACACCAUCAGGGAACAGGAUGGCUUUUACAGAGUCCGAACGAUGAUGAAUGAAGACCCGCUGAGAACUGGAGACCUCAGUCUGACCCUGAAAUACCCCACAGAUGGAGACAGUGGAGGAUAUGUUUGCACCAUCUACAGGGACAAAGACAUCCUGAGACAGAAAGUAGUGCUGCAGGUCAAAGAACGAUCUUGGGCCAAAGUUCUAGUGGCUCUCCUGGUUCUCCUGGUUCUUAUUGUGGUUUCUGGAGGUCUUUUAUAUCAUUUCCGGCACUAUUUCAUGUCAGGUUACAAGGUGGUGGUGGAUUCAGGGGUGGAGUCUGUCAAGCUGCCCUGCAAGAUCAGAGUUCAUGUGCCUAAAGACGCUAAAGUGGAGUGGACCGACAAUUCCAUUUCCAACAGGAAGGUCUACGUGUCUGACCAGGUUGAAGAACAGGACCAGGUUUACAGAGACCGAACAGAGAUGAAGAGGAAGCUGCUAAAACCUGGAGACCUCAGUCUGACCCUGAAAUACCCCACAGACAAAGACUCAAACACCUACACCUGCUCAGUUUGCAUCCGGGAAGGAAAUCAAAGCAGCAUGAAGAUGAAGAAGGAAGUGGAGCUCAUUGUCAAAGUCCCCCAGGUGGAGGUGGUGGAUUCAGGUGUAGAGUCUGUCCAGCUGCCCUGCAAAGCCACAGUUAAUCUGCCUGAAGACGCUAAAGUGGAGUGGACGGACAGUUCACACAGGAAGGUUCACAUAUGGCAGAACAGACCUGACAACCUUGAAGAACAAUUUGAGUUUUACAAAAAUCGAACACAGAUGAAAAACAACCCGCUGACAACUGGAGACCUCAGUCUGACCCUGACAUACCCCACUGACUGGGAUGGAAAGACCUACACCUGCACCGUCUACAACGGACAGGGAAACACCCUGAUGAAGAAACAGGUGGAGCUUAAAGUUAGAGGAAAGGUAGAGCUCACUGAUCAGCAACAGUUUGGAAAUCGAUCAGCAUGA